AUGCAUUCGUCAAUAUUGCCGUUAGUUGGACUUCUGGCGACAAAGUUGGUUGGCGCUUCUUACGCGCCCUCCUCUGUGACAUGCCCUUCAGGGCAAUCACUUGUUCGACCUGCAGAUGGCCUUUCGGACAACGAAGAAUCUUAUAGGGUAUCGAGAAAAGCUGUAGCGGAUGUAGCUUUGAAAGCGUGGUUGGAGAAAACAAACUCGGAAUUUGGUACAGAGGAUUUGCCAACGAUCGCACUUACCCACAGCGGUGGGGGUUACCGAUCCCUCCUGUCGAGCGCUGGUGUAGUUCAAGGUCUUGAUCAACGUGAUAGUGAUGUUUCUACCAGUGGUCUCUACCAAGCUUUAACGUAUCAAGCUGGUCUUUCGGGUGGAUCAUGGUUCCUGUCGUCUCUUGCCGGGAACAAUUAUCCAACAGUCUCCUAUUUGCUCGAUAACCUCUGGGGAGAGGCAUUUUCAAGGUCACUCUUCGACCCCGAUGGGCUAUUAUUUGUAGUCGCAUACGCCAAAAUUGUUGGAGAGCUCCUCAAAAAAGAAGCUGCUGGCUUUCAUACCACUCUUACUGAUCCAUGGGGGAGACUUUUAAGCUAUCAAUUACUUGUAAAUGAUGGCGAGUCAACCACGUUCUCUUCGGUCGCUACGCUCUCCAAUUUUACCUCGCAUGCAGUUCCAUUCCCAAUCAUCACCAGUCGGGGAGUAAAAACAUUCCUUGGCCAAUGUACACCCGGGCCCAACGCUACAAUGUGGGAAUUCUCUCCGUAUGAGUUUGGUUCUUGGGAUGCCGAUGUGUCUGCUUUCACACCGACGGAAUAUCUUGGCACUGCUAUGAAAAACGGUGUUCCAACUGGAAAGUGUACCACGAACUACGAUAACUUGGGUUACAUUUUGGGAACCUCAAGUAGUCUAUUCAAUGAGGCGUGUCUCAGCGUUCCAACGCCGGUUAAUGGUUCCGCAAACCCGUUCGAAAGUGUUGCCGCAUUUCUUGACGGGGCUCAUGAAGUAGCCACCGAAGAUCUGUACGCUACCUAUAAAAACCCCUUUUACGAGUAUAUCUCCUCUACUGGCGAGAUCAACUCUGCAGACAAUAUUCCAGCACAAGAAUCUUUGAGCUUGGUCGAUGGCGGAGAAGCCUUGCAAAACAAUCCUAUCUUUCCAUUUCUCCAGCCGGAUCGCAACAUAUCAGCUAUCAUUGUGAAUGACAACAGUGCAGAUACGGCAACAAACUGGCCCAACGGAUCCGAAAUUCUCACCACAUACGUACAAUCUCUGGCAGCUGGUCUCACCCGCAUGCCAAUCAUCCCCUCGGUCGAAACUUUCAUCGCCGAAGGCUACAACACACGAGCCACAUUUUUUGGCUGCGGCGACACGAGUAAGGUCACCAUUGUCUAUCUUCCCAACGCAGAAUUCACAUUUGCCAGUAAUGUCCCAACUAUUCAAUUGAUCUAUCCAAAGGCCUCUUCGGCGGGCAUCAUCGCAAAUGGCGUCGGGGUGGCUACUCAGGGUAAUGAUUCGGAAUGGCCGACUUGUUUGGGUUGUGCAUUCAUGGAAAAGACGGGACAGGCGCUUCCUAGUGCUUGCACGGCUUGUUUUACAAAAUUUUGUUAUACAAGUUGA